AUGGCCUUCACAGAAGACUUCGAACUCACGCUUCUCGAAGAUUCUGAAAUCUCACUGCACGAUUGUCGAACUCAAAACGUGAUUCUAUACCGGUGUGACUGUAGUCAAAAAGGCCUGCUAGUUGGUAUUGGUAAUCCCUUGCUGGAUAUAUCAGCUAUUGUGGAUGAAUCCCUUCUUCAGAAAUAUGAACUGCAAGCCGAUGGAGCCAUCAUGGCUGAAGACAAGCAUAUGCCACUCUACAAAGAGCUUAUGGAAAAACACAAUGCAGAAUUCAUAGCUGGUGGUAGUGUUCAGAAUUCCCUACGUGUGGCACAAUGGAUCCUUAAGAAACCUAAUGUAUGCACAUACUUUGGUUGUGUGGGCAAUGACGAUUACGCACGGAUUUUAAGAGAAAGAGCAGAGGCUGAAGGAGUAACAGUCCGGUACCAAGUAACAGACGAAGCUCCAACCGGAACAUGCGCCGUACUAGUUACAGGAACUCAUAGGUCAUUAUGUGCUAAUCUUGCUGCAGCACAGAAGUUCACACCAGAUCAUUUGGGGAAGGAAGAGUGUCGGAGGAGUAUCGAAAGCGCAAAAUUCUUCUAUGCAUCUGGUUUCUUCGUAGCAGUAUCACCCGAGUCUAUUAUGCAGCUCGCCCAACAUGCGCAUGCGCAUUCACAUACAUUCGUUAUGAAUUUGAGCGCACCUUUUGUUUCCCAGUUCUACAAGGAACCAUUAACACAAAUUAUGCCUUAUGUGGAUGUUUUAUUUGGUAAUGAAUCUGAAGCGGAGGCAUUUGCACAAGCCUUCAAUAUAGCUGAAACGGAUUUGCAGCAAUUAGCCCUCAAAACAGCCGCUUUACCAAAACUGAAUUCCCGAAAACGUGUUGUAGUAAUCACCCAAGGAAAGGACCCGGUGAUUUUAGUGGAGGGAUCCAAAAUAUCCUUAAUACCAGUUAUUUACUUGACCCGGGAACAAAUUGUGGACACUAAUGGCGCCGGGGAUGCGUUCGCCGGGGGUUUUCUAAGUCAAUUAGUUAUGGGAAAGUCCUACGAAACAUGUGUCAAGUGUGGUAUUUAUAGUGCAACUCAUAUAAUACAGCAUUCGGGCUGCACUGUUAGUGGUGAAAGUGAUUUUCAAGAAUAA